AUGGACUUCCUGAAGAACUUCGACAUACAACUGGAGAAGAACGUGUACUUCGUAGGCGAGAUCAUCAAAGGCUAUGCCACGGUCGAGAACGUCGAGAACGUGAAAGUACGAGCCAUACAUUUGUUGCUACGUGGCAGAGGCCAUGCGGAGUGGAAGAUUAUGAGGAACGGCGAACGACGAACCGUCAAAGACGACCAGCACCUCCUGGAAGACAAACUUAUUCUCUGGGGCAAAGGUCAGGAAACGCUUGCUUGCUAA